AUGCCCGUGGCGCCGCGGUCCCAGGGCUCGACGGCAGUGACCGAGCUUGCGGUGGUCGAGGCUAUAGCUACCGACGCGCCGAGCCCGCCGUCUGUCUCCUCAACGAUUCUGACCUUGCUUGUGGGUGCAGAAGCUCUUAGUGCGCUGUCGGCCGCUGAAGGAACCACCUCCUCCGAUGACCUCGAUGAGUUAUAUGCCAGUCUUCACGAAGAAGGAGGCAGCUCGACCUCGGCCCCUUUGGAUGAGGACUCCAGGGCUGUCAUUCAAAAGCUCCGGGAGUACCUAUUCCUUAGGGUUCACCAAAUGACCACGGCUGAGGCAUUCAUGGAGUUUAGGUCCUGUCUGGAUACGGCCAUGGCGUUGGGUCUGCUUGACUCGGCUCAGCUGGACAAGCUACAGGCUCGCUUGGCCGAGGGCGAGGAGAUGAUCGGUCGGUAUGCUGAGGCGAACAUAAGGAUGACCGAGGGAUGCUCGCUUGAGCAAGAGCUGUCGGUGAUAAAAGACCAAGUCCAACCUGCCAUGGCCUGCUUGAAGGAAAAUGACCUUGUCAUCCAAAGGGAGAAUGAGGAACUUGUGCAGGUCGAGCCCCGAGAUGGUGCGGUCGCGGUCAGAACCGAGCUGAAGUCUUUGGCCAGGCAAAUCCUUAAGGCGGCGACCGAGAAAAAGAGGGCAUCGGCCGAGAGGAAGCUGAUCCGUGCAAGGUGGCAGGCCGAUAUAGAUGGUGGGGACAUUGCCUGGAGAAGGAUAACAUGCCUAAUAUGGGGAACGUUUAGCGAGGGGGUUUAG